AAAGAGCAAAAUUCCAUCUAUAAAAUCAUUAUCACGAGAUUUACCCCUACAAUUGCAUAAUUCUCCCUCAACAAAUUCACGAGUGAUCGACUCGCAAACAAGACUAUCUUAUCAAACAAUCUGGAGUGCCCAAAGAUUCCAGAAGAAUCUGUUGUUCAGUGCAGGAUGAACGUAAACAAAGUGCACUCCCAAGUGUUAUUUUUCACACAGGGUCUAUAAAUAGAAUAGACUCAGCAUUCUGUCUUUCUCCCAAGGCAAAACCUGUUCUGGAACCCGAUGUGUUUGCCUGUGACUCAAGGAACUCCCCUGUAAAAUUCGGUAUUCACGUCAUUUUUUCUCGAUCAUUCAUUGAUCAGUGAUAAUAAAUCUGGAUGAUCGAACUUAAUUUCUUCGAAUCGAUCCAAUUGAUGAGGUUCAAUGCCGCGGUUUGAUGGAAAAUGAACAGCCUGGACUGAAAUGGACUGUCAGUUAUCAAAAUCAAUAAAUCGUGAAUGAGAGAGGAAAGAGUAAACAGAAGGGAUCAAGGAGGUGGAUGAGUUCCAUUUCUUCUCCCAUCAAGGAUUAUGAGUGGACAAAUAUCUGCUGGUCCUGUCGAAGGCAGCAAAGCAGUCCUCGAGAGGAUUCAGGUGUCCGUCAUGACGGGUAAUGUCAAGGGCAACGUAACACCAGAGAAAGGCAAUGAGAUUGAGACAACAGAGAAUCAUUCAAAACCAAUAUCCAAUGUCCAGAGGGUCUACACCAGUCUUUUGGCAGGGGCCAUUGCUGGGGCCCUAGCGAAGACAGUGAUUGCUCCCCUGGAUAGAACAAAAAUUAAUUUCCAGAUAUCAAAAAUGACUUAUUCACAAAAAGCAGCCAUUGAUUUUUUAAUUCAGUCGUACAAAAAGGAUGGAUUGAUGAGUCUCUGGCGUGGAAAUAGUGCCACUAUGGCGAGGAUUGUGCCUUAUUCUGCCAUUCAAUUCGCAUCCCAUGAACAGUGGAAGAGGAUUCUUCAUGUCAAUGGACCAGACACAAAACCGAUUAAUCGACUUGUGGCUGGAUCUCUGGCUGGUGUGACAUCCCAAAGUCUCACAUAUCCCCUGGACAUGGCGAGGGCGAGAAUGGCUGUAACCCAGAAGGCAGAGUACUCGACUCUUCGUCAAGUAUUUGUACAGAUUUACAGGAAUGAGGGCUUAUUGGCUUUCUACCGAGGUUUCUUCGCGACAAUUCUCGGUGUUAUUCCGUAUGCUGGAUGCAGUUUCUUCACUUACGACACUUUGAAAAAUUUCUUCAAAGACAGAGAAAUUACUCCUGGACUGUCAACUGCAACCUCGUUGUUCUGUGGAGCAGCUGCUGGGGCUGUUGGACAGACUGCUAGCUAUCCUCUAGACAUUAUCAGGAGAAGAAUGCAGACGUCAGCUGUUAGAGGGGCUUAUUAUCACACGAGUAUUUCUACAGCUGUUAAAAUUUAUCGGGAGGAAGGAAUUAUGGCGUUUUACAAAGGUCUCAGCAUGAACUGGGUGAAGGGCCCAGUGGCAGUGGGUAUUUCCUUUGCAACUCACGAUACUAUUCGUGAUAACCUGAGGAUCUACUUGUCAGGUUAGACAAGCCAGAACUGUUCGAUUUGUACAUAAAACAAAUAAUGCGUACGACGAAACGUGAAGAAAGUAUAAUAAAAUUGAUAUUCGAGUCGAUAACUCAAUGAGAGAGAUUUAUGCGGGCUACAAUUUUUUUUUAUUUUCCGUGAAGAGUGUUGACUACUGGAGAAUUCUAGACUGGAUUCGAGUGGCGGUUAGGAUUACCUGAGAGGUCUCAAUCAUGUUUGAAAUUAGACUAUUGUUUGUUAACUGUGUCUUCAUACUUUUGCUUCUGGGUUCAUGAUCUCGGUUCCCUUCAGCUUGGCCUCGGUUUUUUUUACAUGAAAAUACCAAUAACUGCAAUUUAGACAAUAAUGUUUACAAUCUUUCAUUAUCAAUGGUUUUUAAUUAAAUAAAUUUACUGUGAAAAUUGUC